AUGGACGCCGUGCUGUUGGAGCACUUUCCCGGGGGCCUGGACACAUUCCCGUCUGCUUACUUCGAUGAGGAAGACUUCUUCACCGAUCAGUCCUCUCGGGACCCACUGGAGGACGGCGACGAACUGCUGGGGGAUGAGCAGGCGGAGGUGGAGUUCCUCAGUCACCAGCUGCACGAAUACUGCUACCGCGACGGGGCGUGCCUGCUGCUGCAGUCCGCACCCUCGGCCGCCCCGCAUGCGCUCGCUCCGCCGCCUUUGGGGGACCCCAGCGAGCCCGAGGACAGCGGCGGCUACUGUUGUGAGGCAGGGGUCCCCGUAGGCGGCUUCCCCUACUCGCCCGGCUCGCCGCCCCCGUGCCUUGCCUACCCUUGCACCGCGGUACUGUCCCCUGGAGCGCGGCUCCGUGGUCUGAACCGGGCGGCUGCAGCGGCGGCAGCACGGCGACGGCGACGCGUGCGCUCCGAGGCGGAGCUGCAGCAACUGCGACAAGCAGCCAAUGUGCGCGAGCGGCGCCGCAUGCAGUCCAUAAACGACGCCUUCGAGGGACUGCGUUCGCACAUCCCCACGCUGCCCUACGAAAAGCGCCUCUCCAAGGUAGACACGCUGCGCUUGGCCAUAGGCUACAUCAACUUCCUCAGCGAGCUGGUGCAGGCGGACCUGCCACUGCGCGGUGGUGGCACAGGUGGUUGCGGGGGCCCAGGUGGCAGCAGGCACCUGGGCGGGGACAGCCCGGGUAACCAGGCCCAGAAGGUCAUCAUCUGCCAUCGAGGCACCCGCUCGCCCUCUCCCAGUGACCCGGAUUAUGGCCUCCCUCCUCUUGCUGGGCACUCUCUCUCAUGGACUGAUGAGAAACAGCUCAAAGAACAAAAUAUUAUCCGUACAGCUAAAGUGUGGACCCCAGAGGACCCCAGAAAACUCAACAGUAAAUCUUUCGACAAUAUAGAGAACGAACCACCUUUUGAGUUUGUAUCCUGA